CAUGUCUAUUGAUAAAGCUAUAGAGGACGCCAACGAAAACAGUAUGUCACACGACUUGGUGUCCAGCGAGUCGUCCAGCUUGGUCAGAAAAGAACUGGACAUAUUGAUGACCCUAGAUGAGUUCAUAGCAGAGGAAAAAGCAAGAAUGGACGAAAAAAUGGGUAAAAGAAAAAAGAGGAAGGCUAUCCGUGGAACAAGUAGGAGAUGGCCAAACAACAUCAUUCCUUACGAAAUUGCACCUGGGACUUUCAGUUCUGCUAAUACGGCGGAAAUCAACACUGCCAUUAACGAAUGGAACACACAAACGUGUUUGGUGUUUAGACUAAGGAAUGGAGAAAGUGCGGCUAUACGAUUCCAAAAUGGCGAUGGAUGUUCAUCUUUUAUUGGACGCACCGGAAAUGUGCAGCCUAUAAACCUCGCUAAUGGCUGCAGAAUCCGAAGAAUUAUUACCCACGAAAUAGGACAUGCAGUUGGGUACUGGCAUGAGCAGAGUCGACCUGAUCGUGAUGGAUUUGUACAAAUUGUUCCGGAAAACAUACCAUCUGCAGUACUUUUUAAUUUCGAAAAACAACCGACGUCUCAAGUGAACAAUUUUGGAGUGGCAUAUGAUUACCGAAGUGUGAUGCAUUAUGGGGCCAGGGCUUUUUCAAACAGCGGAGGGAUCACAGUCAGAACUCUCGAUGCAAGCUUUCAAAACAUCAUCGGAACAGCACCUGGUCUCAGUUUUCGAGACAUCAAGCUCGCAAAUCUGAUGUACAACUGUGCCGGUUCCUGUUCAGCUCAGAGUUGUCCUGGAGAAGGUUUCCUCGGCAAAGAUUGUAGAUGUAAAUGUCCUACAAACGACCCAAACAACCCGAUCCAGAACUGUCUGGGAACGCCAGUGGUAACCACCACAUCUCAAACUACCGCAAGCCCCGCUCCAAGUACAACGUCCUCCGGAGAUUGCGAAGAUAUGAAUCGAUUUUGUGGAUUUUGGGCAAGGGCUGGAUUUUGUUCGAGAAGCCGUUACAUGAUGAUGUAUUGCAAACAGUCUUGUAACAAGUGUAAUGGUAUGAUAAAUCUACCAUAG